GGAACAACUUCGAGGACUGCUUCGAGACCGCUACGAAGAGUACCCAGUGUUUCUUUCGAGUCUAUCUGCAGCAACCUGCCGUCGUAGUGUCGCCCUCGACGUUGUAGGGUUUGAUGGCGUGCAGAGCGCACAGAUAAGUGUGGCUCGGCGGCAGCUGCACCACUGGUUCGCGAUACUUGGGUUAGCACAGGUUCCGUCAGGCGCAGUGCGUUUAUAAAUCACCGCAAUGUGCAGGCGUAAAUCUAGUUCUUCUCCGCAGGACACACGUUGCCCGCUGUGAUAACGAUCUCCUUCGGUCGUCGCUGCGCUCUCCGAGACGCAGCACUUUCUAGGGGCAGGCCUAUAUCGCUACAGGGGCGGGCCAUCGUCUCUGCGACAAUGACAGAGUAUACAGGAAACGAAGUGGAGGAGAAAGGAGAAUCGCAAUGGACGUGGCUGGGGAGUCUGUACUCCUAUUUUGCACCCACGCCCGCACCUGCGGAGGCGGAACCAUGCGUGGACAUAAGCUCUCCUGGGCUCACAUCUGCGUACAGUCUGCAGGUCAAGCGGGUCGAUCACGUCUACGACAUGUAUACAUGCAUGUGGUCAUACGAGGACACCAAGGUCCAGGCCACCCCGCAUGUGUUGCACGGUGGAAAGACGGCGGACGGCGCCGACGUCUGGCGGUCCUUCUGUUUCGUGGUAGUGCGCCAGAUGCCCACUUGUGCGGGAGAAGAGCCGGCCGUCGCGGUGACGAUCAAGAGUCCAUACUUGGUAGCGGCUUGUCAGGACGUCAUUGGAGAGAUCUCGGGCAUCUCGUGGACGGCCGACCCUCUCGAGCUUCCAGUCGAUCUGUUGAUCCAGGCAUUCCCCAAGCUCGUAGAGUACCGCCAAGAACUGGAAGACAGAGCGAGCCGCCCGAGCGACGACUCUCAGGAACCAGAAGACAGCGCGGAUCGCUCGAGCGAUGACGACACUGAGGUGCUCGCCAGCCUCGAGAUCCUCAUCAGCUACUUGCGCGAAGACCACGGAGUCAUCAUCUCUCAGAUUGCCGGCCUGCUGGCACACGAGGAGAUAACUUGGGAUCUGCUCCACGCCAUCUUACUCCCCGGCACGUUGCUCGUCAGCACGGACGCGACGACGGGGGAGCCUCGCGCUCUACAGCUCAAGCAGUUCGACAAAGGGGCUCGCGGGUACACGCUCUACUGCGAGGGCAUCGAUGCCGUGGACGUUGAGCUGGACGACGUCGCUGACUCUGAUCUGGCGCAUGUUGUACCUGCGAAGCGAUUCUGCAGGGUCGAGCACACUCGGUUCAUUCCGCGUUUCAAGGGGGUAGUGAAGAUCAAUACGUUGCCUGCGUACCCGAUGAAGUACCACAGCAAUGAAGGAGGUCUGAGGGCUGCACUCCUCGCCCGGGCACGCAAGUGGAUCGACUUGUACGGAGUGCAACAUGUGCGGUAUCAAGGGAUUUCUGUCUAUAAUCGCAAGAAGUUCGAGAUUGAUUCCAGGGUGAUGAUCGACGGAGCUGCGUUCAGACACCACAAUCCGAACUACGACAUGCUUGAGGUCGUUGAUCAGACAGAGUUCAGAGUCAUUCCGGCGGAAGAAACCAUUGCGGACUCAGACAUUGGACCGCCAGAUACUCUGACACGCGAUCCGGACGCGGCGUCCGAUGCUGGGGAGACAACCAUCCCGCAGUAUUUUAGUUGGCAACUGCCAGACGACGAUCUCAUUCUCGCUUCGCCCGUGCUGUACGGGUUCAGCCUUUCCGACAAGCUAUGGCUCGAGUUCAACGUCGAGAAAAUCCACCCCAUCGUAUGGUCCGAUGAGCCCUUCACGAACCUUGUGCUCCCGGGCAAUCGUAGGGAGCUCCUGCGAUCCCUCAUAGAGGCGCACAACUCCAACAUCAAUUUCGACGACUUCGUACAAGGGAAGGGCCAGGGCCUCGUCAUCAAUCUCUUCGGUCCUCCGGGAGUUGGAAAGACUCUGUCUGCGGAGGCAACCAGCGAGCACCUAAAGAGACCGCUUUACAUGAUCGGGGGCGGGGACCUUGGUACCGACGCCAACGCUGUCGAUACUGCUCUCAAGCGCGUCUUCAGUAUAGCUACGCGCUGGGGGGCGAUUGUGCUCAUAGACGAGGCAGAUGUAUUCCUGGAACAGCGAUCUAUGCAUGACUUGUUACGCAAUGCCAUGGUCGCGGUUUUUUUGCGGCAUGUCGAAUAUUACCGCGGGAUCCUCUUUCUGACGACAAACAGGGUCACGGCCUUCGAUCCAGCCUUCCUGUCUCGUAUCCACGUUGCUCUUCAUUUCCGGGAUCUGAGCAAGGAAGCGAAACUCAAGAUAUGGCAGGCUUUCCUCCAUAAAGUCAAGAUGGACAGCCUCACCGCGGAGCAGCUAGACGAUCUCGUCGGUCGAGAGGUCAACGGGCGUCAGAUCAAGAACGCUACCAGGACGGCCACCUCGCUGGCUAGGAGCCGUGGAGAGACGCUGGGGUAUAGUCAUCUCGCUGAAACCCUAGAUGCGAUGGAAGAAUUCGAGAGCGAGUUCAAUGCCAUAUCCCGCAGUGGCUUGUGAGUGCUGUUGGGCGUGGUUGCACGCGGUACACAGAUGGCCACUGGCAUUUGAUUGUUUGAAAUAAUUUAUUAUCGAAUCUGCUGGCUCCGAGAGCAUGCGUCAAUGUUCAAACGUUCAGAACGUUCAGAUCUCAGACCGAGUUGGACACUCAAGGAACGAACGAG